GUUACUGGGAGGGGAGGGGCCUGUGGGUCGUGUCGAGUCUUCAGUGUAUCACCGAGCGAGCCGGGUUCCCUGUCUUUCAUUCAUCACCGGAACUGUGCAGCUCGUGCAUCAGCCGUGAUACCGUCGUCUCGUCUCCUCCGACCACCGACACCAAGGACACCUCGGCCGGCCAUCACCCGCGUUAUUUCAAGAUGAAGAUCGAUACCAGCCUGACUAUGCUCCAGCUGCCUGAGGCGCUGUCCCAGGCAGGCCUUCAGUUCUCGGUAGCCACUGAAGAGGACUUCGAUGAGAUCAUGGCUAUGAGCCAGGACAUCUAUGGAGGCCUUGACUACCUGCCCACUAGGUACACCAACUGGCUGCAGGAGACCAACCGCACAGUCAUAUUGGCCCGCAAACAGGGGAAAGUGAUUGCUCUGGAGUCAGUGUGUGUGAUUGACGAUGGGGAGACUAUGCUGGUGGAAGGUCUACGUGUCGCCCCUCAGGAAAGGGGCAAGGGCGUGGCUGGAGUUCUGCUGCGCUUUUGCUGCGAGCUGGUCAAAUCCAAGUACCCUGAGGUCAAAGUAACGCGCUUGACCCGUGACGAUCAGCUUGGACCCAAGGAUUUCCAGAAGUAUCGCCUCAUAACCAAGCAGGCUAUUUUGCUGGUGCGCUUCAGAGCUGAAGACCUUAAGUUUCGUCUGUCUGAGCUCGGUCUGGAUGGAGACAUCCAAUCCACUUUGUCCACCUCCUCUUCAAACCCUCCUCCGGUGCGUCUUGACCACACAGCUGUCCACCGGCUGUAUCUGACCACUGACCUGCUGCAGGGGCUCCUUCCUAAUGGCACCAUCAUUCAAGACUGGCAGCCAUUCAAGCUUUUGCCCAGUAACAUGGCCAUUCUACUGAAGAAGGACAUUGACUGGAUGGUGGAUGAUGUGUCCAACCCUGCUAUGGCCAGCCUCUGUACCUUCCCUUUUAGGGUGCCCAUUGGAGAUGACUGGUAUUACCUGAACAUUGACAUGUUCGGUAAAGACCUGGACCUGGCUCGGCAGCAGUUCUUGUGCCACCUGCACCGCCACACUGCUAACCUGAAUGGUCACGUGAUGUGCCAGAUGUUCCUGGACCCACCACUCUGGAAGGCCAUGGCCGAAUUCUGCCGCAACACAUUGAGCGUGGAGCUGGUGAAGGAGUACACCGAGCAAUGCGUGGUGGAGUCAGACGUCGUCUAGUGACAGACGGUGGAUGGGAAAAGAGUAGAAGACGAAGGAGCCAGAAUGAAGACAAGGGUCUAGACAACAAGGAAUGGACAACUCAAUUACACUAAACAGAAAAACACAACCCUCUGUACUGAGGAGAUAGAAACCAAGCAAACAAAAUGUAGUUUCUACAAAACAACAACAACUUCUAAGAGUGCAGUAAGUUAGAUUUAACAAUACACAAACAAAUACAGGGAGUGGACAUAAAAUCAUGAAAACAUCAUGUAAUCAGCUAUCUUAACGAUUAAUAUUCAGUUGGGGUCAGCGGUGUUGAUACUACUUUACAGUCAUUAAUACCAUUUUUAAGGCGGUAGUUUUGAGGUUCUUAAUAUUUCAUGCCCACAAUGUGCAUAGAGAGUGGGGACUAAAUAACAUGAACACCCCUUAGUAGAGGUCUUCAUGGGACAAAAUGUUUGGAAAACAUAAGCAAACCCAAAGUUAAUUUGUUUUAAAUAGACCCAAUUGGAAAAGUGGUUCCAAGAGCAGUCGGACCCCAUUUGAAUAGCCAGAGAAUAAUUGGCUGCAUUUUCAAGAUGAUUUACAAUCAACGUCAACGGUGCACAUUUUUGCAAACAUUGGUGCAUUUUUGGUCCAAAACAUCAGUGUUAGGGAUAGGGUUAGGGUUAACCCUAACCAUAGGCUAACCCUAAUGCAGUCCAAUGCACUACAACACUACAAACUACAGCCUUAAAAGGGACAUAUAGAGUUUAAUAAAUCAGCUUCUUAGCUUAUCUCAAAUUUUAUUAUAAUGAUUGCAUAGUUUUUUCGUAUUAUAUCCACCCUCUGUAUGUCGUAUGACAUGAAAAUGUGUAAUAAGAGUGAUGAGAUUGGGAAGGCUU